AUGUCUAGAUUUUUCCGCGGUGAUAGCUCCAGCGACAGCUCGUCCGACGAGGAGGAGGAUCUCUAUUCCGAUGACGAAGAAGUUCAAGAACAGCCCGAAGAAGAAUCUUCUGAAGAUGACUCUGAGGAGGACGAUGAUGAUGACGAUGACUCCGAUUCCAGCAGCGAUGAUGGAGUUGGCAAAAAGACCGGAGCGAACGCUUUCUUGAAGGACGAUUCCGAUAGCGAUAGUGAGAGUAGUGGAGAUGAGGGCGUGAAGGUCGUCAAGUCUGCGAAGAACAAGCGAUUCGAAGAACUCGAGGCAACCGCAAAAGCUAUUGAAAAUGGCGAGAAGAUUAAUGAUUGGGGAUCGAUCUCAGCAGAGUUCGACAAAUUGAACCGCCAAGUCGCCAAACUUCUACAAUCAGGCACAACCCCAAAGGUCUACAUCAAAGCUAUUGCCGAUUUGGAGGACUUCAUGAAUGAGACCUUGGCAAAGCAGAAGGUGACACCAAAGAAGAUGAAUGCAACAAAUUCUCGCGGUUUGAACGCUGUUAAGCAGAAGAUCAAGAAGGCCAGCAAGGAGCACCAGAAGGACCUAGACUCAUUCAGAGCCGAUAAGGACGCGUACAUGGAAUCAGAAGACGAGGAAGUUGUGGCACCCAAACAAAGGAAACCAAGGUCUUCUGCUGUAGCACAGGACGUCGCCGCCGAUGAUGAUGAUGAAGGAUGGGGAACUGUUGGUAAGGGUGGACGAACUCUUCAAUUCACACCAGAGAGCAUUCUCAAGCAUUUGAGAACCAUUCUCGAAUCCAGAGGAAAGAAGAACACCGACCGCAAUGAACAAAUUAAGAUCAUGGAGAAGUUGUACGAAGUAGCGGCCACUCCAUACCAACGCAUCAGAGUCCUUUUAACCCUUAUUUCAACAAGAUUCGACAUGACUACUGGUACUCAAACUUUCAUGUCCCAAGAACAAUGGAAGGCAGCAGAGAAGGAAUUUGGAACCCUCCUGAGUGUGCUUGAGACAAGUCGAGAAUAUGUAGUUGUGGAGACCGCUGAGCCAUGGGAGGAUGAUGAAAAGCUUCCUACAGUUGCCGAAGGCACAAAGUUUGCGAUUCCAGGAAGCGUCGUCUCCUAUGUCGAAAGACUUGAUGAUGAACUUACAAGAUCGCUUCAACACAUUGAUCCUCACACUGCUGAAUACAUCGAACGUCUCUCUGACGAGAGUGAUCUUUACAACAACAUUGUUAGAACUAUGUUGUACCAGGAGGAGAUCAGCAAGGACGCCAGUUUGAACGAGCCCCAACGUAGCUUGAACAGAGUCGUCAUGAGAAGAUUGGAGCACGUAUACUUCAAGCCAUCCGCAGUCAUCAAGAUCCUCGACGAGAACUGCUGGAAAGCAGUUCCUGCAGAGCUCGAUUCCACCAUCACACCACGCGGCUCCAUUGAAGAUGCCAAGACCUUGGUUAACGUUCUCUGCAACUACCUCUACAUCAACACUGAGGGCGAAGGACUCACUAAAGCAAGAGCCAUGCUUUGCCAAAUCUAUUUCGAAGCUUUACACGACAACUACUAUAAGGCUCGUGAUAUGAUGCUUAUGUCUCAUUUGCAAGAGACUAUCAAUUCGUUCGAUAUUCAUAGUCAAAUUUUGUUCAACCGUACUCUUGUUCAAGUUGGUCUCUGUGCUUUCCGAGCUGGUUUGGUCUAUGAGGCCCAAACCACCCUCCAAGAAAUCUGUGGUAGCGGCCGUCAAAAGGAAUUGCUUGCCCAAGGUGUCAUGAUUCAAAGAUAUAACCAAGUCACACCAGAUCAAGAACGUCUCGAAAAACAACGUCAACUUCCAUUCCACAUGCACAUUAACCUCGAGCUUCUUGAAUGUGUUUACCUCACCUGCAGUAUGCUUCUCGAAAUUCCUCUAUUCGCCCAAACUGGCUCAUCCCCCGAUAUCAAGAAGAGAGUUAUCAGCAAGACAUACAGACGUAUGCUCGAAUAUCAUGAGCGUCAAAUCUUCACUGGACCUCCAGAAAACACCAGAGAUCAUGUCAUGCAGGCAUCAAAGGCUUUGGCCCAAGGUGAAUGGAAGAGAGCAACCGAAUUUAUCCACUCUAUCAAGAUUUGGGAGCUUAUGUCCAAGCCCGAGGAGAUCAAGGCAAUGCUCUCAGCGCAAAUCCAAGAAGAAGGUCUCCGAACCUAUCUCUUUACAUACGCUCCUUAUUACGAUACUCUAUCCGUCAACAGACUCUCGUCAAUGUUUGACCUCUCUGACCGAAAGGUUGCUGCCAUCGUUAGCAAGAUGAUCAGUCACGAGGAACUUGCAGCCGCAUUAGACCAAGUCAACUCCUCGAUCAUCUUCAGAAAGGGUGUUGAGCUAAGCAGACUCCAAAGCUUGGCAUUGAGCCUCAGCGACAAAGCUAGUGGCUUGAUUGAAAGCAACGAGCGUACACUCGAGACAAGAACACAAGGCACAGCCAAUGCUUUCGAAAGACAAGGCGGCCGAGGCGGACGUGGUGGUAACAGAGGAGGUCGUGGUGGUAACCGUGGUGGACGUGGUGGUAUCUCCAAUGCUCCAAGGCAAGCUGGUGGAACACAAUUUACCGGUGGUGCUUUGGGAGCUGCUGUAGGUAGCAGAGCUUAA